ACCAGCCCCACGUACCCCUCUCUCCUUCCUGCCUCCUGUACCUCGGGCUGGGGUCACUGACCCGGCCACUGCCCCUCACAGCCGGGGAUGAGAACUGCCUUUCCCCCUGUUUGUGACCGGUGUUAUUUUUUCUCACGUGACGUGCGGGGCCGGCCCCUGCCUGGGGCUGAGGUUACUGGCAACCUCCCGCCUUUCGACCCCUUCGGGCCCUAGGUGGAGAGGGACCCUCCUGGGACCACUCUGGCCUCCUUUUGCCCUUAGAGGGCAAUGAACCCCUCUGGAUCUCCGCCCCAGUGCUCUCUGCGGAGAGGAAGUCCCUUUCCGGGGUUUCAACAGGUGGUUUUAUUCAACAUUUGGUGUGGUGGAUAUUAUUAUAUAAAUCGUAAGAACUUGCAUUAGAUUGUUCCAGGUCUUCAAUACUCCAGAGUCAUCUAAGGUAGUGACUGCUGCCACUAACAGCUGUGAUUGAAGUGGUGCAAUGCAGCAAGAGGGAGAUGGAUGCAGACUUCGAGCCAGAAGGCCUGAUAUGGCACUCUAUGUACCCAGAGCUCGAAGGGGCGCAGUGCUUCUCAAGACAGGUGAAAAGGAAAAGAGCUGUAGUCCAGCUAACUCUGCGGUGAAAGAAGAAAAUAGUUGCUUCUCCCAAAAGAUAUUUAGAGACAAACUUGAAGCUCAAAGACAAAAUAUUAAUCCUGAUGGAAAGGAACAUAAUGUUAGAAGAGGAAAGACAUCUUCAACGAAAUUAAGAAAAGACACAUGCCUUCAAAAAAGAAAUAAAGAUGGGGUUUGCACUAAGAGAGGGACCACAGAAUCCAAAGAAAUAUUGUCCCAAGAACAUCAGCACAGGAUCCCAAAUGCUGGGAUUGCACCUAGUAUACCUUUACAAAGACAUUUUAAACCAAAGAAGAUGGAGUGUUUGGAGAUGGAAACUACAGAUGUGAUAGAACAUGGGAGGUUGCCUCUGUCAGAGACUUGUUCAGAAAUCACUGAGGCACAAGUUGUAAACAAACCAUUCCAGAAUAUCAAAUUCAGUCAUUUUAGUAGGCAUGAACUAAGUGGGGAAAUUUUUGAAGACAGAGAUUUGGAAAGCAGGAAUGAAACCAAUACCAAAAUCGGAGAAAUACUAUCCCAGUUUCCUCGAGUUUUUAGUUCUGUAUCAGAAGCUGAGAGCCUGAUUAUACCAGUUAAACUAAGCUCUGAUUCCGAAACCGUACAACAAGGUAUGCCAACAUCAGAUGGAAUGUUGAGGCUCAGUAAUGGAGGCAUCACCACUGUUACUGUCUCUGGACAUCCAGAUGGUGUCAUUGACCAAACUUGUGAGGACUUUGGACCUGAGAAUGUAGGUGAUACAGUCAACAAUACAGAUUUCAUCUUGAAUCAGGAAGGUAUAGAUUCUAUUCCCGAGACUUUGGGUCCUGUUGUUCAUGGACAGACUGUAGUCAGCAAAUUAGAGAGCACAAAUGUCAUUGCUGAUCCAACGAUGAUUAGAGAGUGUGAAAAGAAUAGCCUUGGCACCAGUGACGUUUGUAUAAAGUGUGGACUUUCUGAUAGAGCUGUCUUUUCUCGUGAAACAGAUAUUGAUACUAGAUCUAAGAAUAUAGAUGACAUUACGAAUAAGGCAUGUAUGAUGGACAUUGCAGAUGCUGUAUGCGAUCAUUUAACUAUGGACAGUCCUUGUGAAGUAGCAAGUGGAGUGGCUGAUGAGACCUGUAGCAAUGUAACUUAUUUCUCAAAAUAUAUAAAAAUGAGUGCAGAUGUAGCCCCUCUUCAGGAAGUUGCAAGUGGGAACAGCAAUGAAAAUUUCAGCAACCUGACUGCUUACUCAGAUACUUACACUGAGAAUAUUUCAUCUAAUUGUACAGAGUCAACAGGAAAGUUGAUAGAGAACUUGUCAGAUUGUGCUUCGUCCUUACCUAUAAAGAAGAUUGCUGAUAGUAAUUGUAACACUUUUUUGGACUCUGAACUCAGUAUGUUAAAUGGGACAAAAGUAUUUUCAGACAGUGCCUUGGGCAGUGAUCUGGAUGGUACUGGUGAUAUAACAAAAGAAUUGCAUGAGCUAAGAACUGCUGAAGAUUUCAAAACAAAAGAGCAAGAUGACUCAGGGAAUAUAGAACUUGGUGUAUCCUUUCCUGCUGGAGAAUCAUCUAUGGAAACACCCAUGGAACUGAAAGCAGCUGAAACGUCUCCCAGGGAGGGAAGUACUGCUCCUGAGGAGACUUGGGAAUCUAUGUUUAAUGAUGAUGGUGACUGCCUGGAUCCCCGUCUUCUACAGGAGUUAUCAGGGAAUAUAAACAGAGAAAGCAUCCAGGAACCUAGAUUUGAUUAUUAUAACCAUAAAGUUCCUGAUAUUGACCUCAGUGAGUGUGAAUUCCCUCAUGUCAUUGAAAUUUAUGACUUCCCCCAAGAAUUUCGUACUGAAGACCUUCUACGGGUUUUCUGCAGUUAUCAAAAGAAAGGUUUUGAUAUUAAAUGGGUAGAUGAUACACAUGCCCUGGGAGUAUUCUCCAGUCCAGUUACAGCUCGUGAUGCUCUGGGUAUUAAACAUACCAUGGUGAAGAUUCGACCCUUGUCACAGGCCACAAGAGCAGCCAAGGCCAAAGCUAGAGCUUUUGCUGAGUUCCUCCAGCCAGCAAAGGAGCGGCCUGAGACUUCAGCAGCUCUAGCCAGAAGGUUAGUCAUCAGUGCCCUUGGGGUUCGAAGCAAACAGAGCAAAACAGAUCGGGAAGCAGAGCUCAAGAAACUGCAAGAAGCCCGAGAGAGAAAACGAUUGGAAGCCAAGCAACGGGAAGACAUCUGGGAAGGCAGAGGCCAGUCUGCAGUUUGAACAUCACCCAAAGAAAGAGAUAACUUUAUGACUCAGAAAAUGUUUCCAUAGUCUUCAGAUAAGAGGAUGUUUCCAGAGCUCUGCACAUGCAGGUGUGCAUGUUAUAGAGUUAAAAGUGAUGGAGGCAAAGACUGAAUGGGUAUAUAAAGAAGGUAGAUUCCUGUCUUCACUCCUAACUGCAGUUCUUUGGAAUAUACUACUGUGGUGGGUGUAGAAGGGAGCCAUCAGCUAGCAAGAUAUCUGGAAGGUGUGACUUCCAUGAGUCUUCUGGACUAUGCAAGUCAUGUUAGCGUGGUUCACCAAGAUAUUUAAAGCAAAAGCAAACAGAGGAUUCAAACCUGCAGUGACGGAAGAUUUAGGCCUCGCAAAGGCAGAGCAUUCCUUAGUCCCUCACAAAGCUGAAAACAGCAAUAUUGACAGCAUGGGAGGGGGGCAAGUGUGGAGCAGUUAGUACAAAGAGAAAGAAUGGUAUGUGGUGGGUUUGGAAGACAGGGAAGCUACACUGCCAGUCCCAGGACUCCAGAGUUCGUGCAGUGCAGCAGAUGUGGGUAUUUGGAGUCCAGAACCUGGACUAGCUAAGUGCCUGGGGCUGCUCCAGCCGCACAGCAGCUAGUGCCAGCUCCAUUCCUCGUAGACAGCCAGUCUUGGAGCUGUGUGCCAGUUCCAGUUUAAGCAGUAAUAUCAUGUUGUAAGAGGGAUAUAUUAAAGCCCAUUUUAUGGCAUA